AGGUGCUACGUUUGACGUGGCGAUGCGUUUCCUGUAUGAGUGCCCGUGGCGGCGGCUGCAGGAGCUGAGGGCUCUCAUCCCCAACGUGCCCUUCCAGAUGCUGCUGCGGGGCGCCAACGCCGUGGGAUACACCAACUACCCCGACAACGCCGUCUUCAAGUUCUGCGAGGUGGCCAAGGAGAACGGCAUGGACAUCUUCCGCGUCUUCGACUCCCUCAACUACCUUCCCAACAUGCUCCUGGGCAUGGAGGCGGCCGGCUCGGCGGGGGGUGUGGUCGAGGCCGCCAUCUCCUACACUGGCGACGUGUCCGACCCCAUGCGGCAGAAGUACUCCCUAGACUACUACCUGGAGCUGGCCGAGGAGCUGGUCAAAGCUGGCACACACAUACUGGCCAUUAAGGACAUGGCAGGGCUCUUGAAGCCCGAGUCUAGCUGGCUCCUGAUUGGUGCGCUGCGCGACCGCUUCCCAGAGGUACCCAUCCACGUGCACACCCAUGACACGGCGGGAGCGGGCGUGGCCGCCAUGCUGGCAUGUGCCGAGGCCGGGGCAGAUGUGGUGGACGUGGCCGUGGACUCCAUGUCCGGCAUGACCUCCCAACCCAGCAUGGGCGCCAUGGUAGCCUGCACCAACGGCACCAAACUCAACACUGGCGUCUCCCUGGACAAGGUCUUCGACUACAGCGAGUACUGGGAGGUGGCGAGGGGCCUGUACGCGCCGUUCGACUGCACGGCCACCAUGAAGUCGGGCAACUCCGACGUGUACGAGAACGAGAUCCCCGGCGGCCAGUACACCAACCUGCACUUCCAGGCGCACAGCAUGGGCCUGGGCAACAAGUUCAAGGCCGUGAAAAAGGCCUACGCUGAGGCCAACAAGCUCCUGGGAGACCUCAUCAAGGUGACACCGUCCUCAAAGAUCGUGGGCGACCUGGCCCAGUUUAUGGUCCAGAACAACCUGACCCGUGCGCAGGUGGAGGAGCAGGCCGAGGAGCUCUCCCUCCCGCUCUCCGUGGUGGAGUACCUGCAGGGCCACAUCGGCAUCCCCUACGGAGGCUUCCCCGAGCCCCUCAGGUCAAAGGUACUGAAGAACUUGCCCCGUAUUGAGGGACGUCCGGGCGCCUCCCUCCCCCCUCUGGACUUUGAGGCUCUGGAGGCCAAAUUGAAGGCCACGUGGGGUGAUGAAAUCACACCGGAGGAUGUGAUGUCAGCGGCGAUGUACCCGAAGGUCUUCCAAGAGUACAAGGAGUUCCUGGCCAAAUACGGCCCUGUGGAGUGCCUCAACACACGCCUCUUCCUGGACGGGCCCAAAAUCGCUGAAGAGAUACAGGUGGAGCUGGAGAGAGGCAAGACCCUUCACAUCAAAGCCCUCGCGCUGGGCGACCUCAACAAGGUCGGUCAGAGGGGAGUGUUCUUCGAGCUCAACGGUCAACUCCGCACCGUCCUGGUCAAGGACACCCAGGCCAUGAAGGAGUUGCACUUCCACCCCAAGGCCCUGAAGGACGUGCGGGGGCAGGUGGGGGCGCCCAUGCCGGGUAAGGUGGUGGAGAUCAAGGUGAAGGAGGGCCAGAAGGUGGAGAAGGGCCAGCCCCUGUGUGUGCUCAGCGCCAUGAAGAUGGAGACGGUGGUCAACUCGCCCGUGGCCGGCACCGUGGCCAAGGUGUACGUGAGCGUCGCGUCCGACAGCACCCUGGAGGGCGACGACCUCAUUCUGGAGAUCAACGAGAACUAGGACGGACAAUUGAAUGACGGUGCAACGUUGUUGUACCUAAAGAAGGGAAUGGAAUGAAGCGAAAUAAACGGAAUACAGAUGUGUACUUACUAGGCUUACUUUGAGAUCGAUAUGAAUUGAGAACUGAGAUUUGACCUUGGACGGAAGGCUUGUGCAGCUUGCUUUGUUUGAGGUUGUUUGUUUGAUUUUUGUUCCUGGGCAACACCACAGGGGCACUGCCCAGACUAGGGGUUAAAUAUAUAUAUAUAUAUACACCUGAAGGGGUAUUUGACAGCUCAAGGUAAGUUCUCUCGAGAGUCCUGCAUAGGAAAUAAUAGCAUCAUUCUAUUCGAGUAUUUCUACAGUAGUUCCGUACAGUAUUUCAGCAUUAACCACAAAGACCAGACCAAAACGGAGAUGGAUUUUUAAAAAGAAACCGAGCUGUUUCAGGCAUGCUUUGUUAGAUACUAAAAUGGUGCAAUUGUCCCUCUUCAGCUUCUGUGAAGGUGGGGUUUGAUAGAGUGCCAUCAGCAGGCAUUUUGUGCCGUUCUUGAAUGGAAGUCUAGUAAAUAUGUAUCUGUUGCCUCCGUCCCGUUCCCGUCACGCUCAGAAGGACAUGAUGUCUCUGCAUUCGAAUAAGAAGCGGAAUAAGCAGGAAGAAUUUAUAUUUUUCAUAUUAGUUUUAGUUUAUUAGUUUAUGUUUUCUAGCUUUUGGAAUAAAUUCGUUGAUUUCUCUAAUUUGGCUGCAAUUAGCUGGGCUAAUGUGGGCCUCGGAGGACUGAAGCUUCUAUUUUUUGUGCUGUUGACAUGGAUCUAAUUAGAUGGAUCUCAUUCAUGAUGUGUUUGUUGUGUGUGUGUUCUCGUGUGUAGGUAUGCAUGUAAUGGACUCAACUGCCAAAUGUCCUCUGUUCAACUUUAAUUAGCAUUCACAUUACCGGCGCGCGUGCGUGUGUGUGUGUGUGUGUCUGUGUGUCUGUCUAUCUGUGUGUGUGUGUAUCUGUGUGUAUGUGUGUGUGUGUGUGUGUGUGUGCACAACAGCAUGGCUCGCCGCAAACUUUUCCUUUUCUGAAAAAGCACCAGUCUCAUUUCAGUGUCUCCUUACUGGAGCGUAAAAGGCAUUUUAAAGGUCUGAAAUAUUAAUGCUAGCUUCUGUAGCUGGUGUUCGGCCCAGCUACAGACGGGGAGCAGCCAUGUUGUCAUGGUAACAUUGUCUCUGGCACUCAACAGAGCCAGCCACAUUGUGUAAUUAUAAUUAUAUUAUAGCCCCCAAUUGUGGAGUAUUGUGUAUUUUUUUACAGACUCCAGCCCUCUCGUAAGGGUGCUACUUGAAAAUUCACUCUGGGAAUGUUCGUGGCCACGUUACAUUGUCCCCGUGAUUAAUGAAAAUAAAUGGGGUGUCAACACGCACACACACAUAAGAAAUGAAUCUCCAGGCCUUAUUAAUCACAAAUGUUUAGGAUGCUCACGUCGCCUCCCUCCCCACCUUUGUUUCUUUGUUCAUUCUUUUUGGUGUGUGUCCUACUCUCGUCCACUGCCCAACCACCUCUCAUCAAACACACACCUUGGACUGUUCCUCUCUGUGUCACAAUUUGAGUAGCUCCACACAUGUGCGCUUCUUAAACCAGAGUCUGACCGGAGGUGGAGGGGGGGGGGGGGGGUGUCCACACAGACUCAACAUAUGGAGACUGUGGAAACACCUGACCUGACCUGACCCAGGGUCAGUCUCUGUGCCUAUAGAGGUCCACACCACAGCACAUCUCAAUCAUAGUGAGCUGAUCUUUGGAGCGCUGCGGCUCCUCUGAUGUGGGGAGGCUGAUGCAGGAGACGCAGCGUGGAGAAGUCAUUAUGGGGGCGCAGGAAAGAGACACAGAGAGAGAGAGAGAGAGAGAGAGUUUGUUUUUUUCCGAGGUGGCGGUGUUGACUUGACCUGACAGAAAAGGAGGGUAGAGGGAAGAGAGAAUGCGUGUGUGUGUGUGUGUGUGUGUGUGUGUGUGUGUGUGUGUGUGUGUGUGUGUGUGUGUGUGGAGAGAGAGAGAGGAGUAGGGGUGGGAGGGGUGAGGGUUGUUGUCACUAUUCUGAGAUAGUCCCCAAAGCAGACAGACAGAGUGUGUAUACGCAAUCGUUUUUAUUUUUGGUUCCUUUCAGAAUGUGUGAUUUAGCAGGUUUUUUUUCUUUUUCUUAUUCUUCUUUUUGUCCCCCACAGCGUUUCAUUUCAGCCACAGAUGUCCUGGAUUUUCACCCGGGGUCCUUUGAAUUAAACAGAAGAGAGAUAAAGAAAAGAACGCCUCUGAGAUAGUAAAACUGGAUCACUUAAAAGAGCUUCGACUGUGGCUGUGGAGAAAGUGCUCUGGAGACCAUUUUGUGCAAAUUGAAUGUUUCUCCAACCACCCCACCCCACCCCACCCCCGUUUGUCUUGCCACGGCGCACACCAGCUCAAGUUCGGGGCUGCUGGCCACGGGCCGGGGUCAAUGGCGCGGGCCGAUGCUAGGAGUGUUCUCAGGCCCGUUAAGAGUCGGAUAAAUCUGAGACGCGACUAAAAGCGGAAAGAGGUGGCAGGAGGCACUCAAACACUUAGCUUCAAUCUUUCUUAUUUAUUUUGAGUUUCUGGUGUGUUGUGGUGGCGGUGGUGGUUGUGGUGGUGGGGGCUAGUUGGAGAAAACCAUCCUCAAUUGGUGCAAUUUCAGUGAGUGGCUUUUCAUUAAAUCUCAGCAGGCCCAAGCGAGGGUUUUUCGAAAUGAGCUUAUGAUCAUUGCCCUCCCUGCUGGUUGAGUGUGGAGUGGUGUCGGGGGUGGGGGUGGGGGGGUCCAUUUAGAUGUGAGGAUUUGUGUGUGUGUGUGUGUGUGUGUGUGUGUGUGUGUGUGUGACUGUGGUCUUUCUUCACUACACAUAUUCUUAGAACAUCUGCGUAGUACAAUGCAUCAUUUUUAGCUGUGUGUGUGGCACGUAAGGUUUGAGUGUGUGCAUGUGUGUGUGUGUGUCUGUGUGUGUGUUUGUGUGUGUGUCUGUAUCUGGUGUGCAUGUGUCACAAAAUAGCCAAAACCUUCCAUCCCAGCGUGUAGACAUCCUCCGUUUCCAGGGCAACAGGAGACGAAUGAGGAAUCUUGUAAAGGACAAGCGUUCUCUGAAGCGUUGAAGUUAAACAUAGAAUGCCUGUUGUAAUUGAUGGGAAGCAGCAAACAGGUCAGGACAAUACCGCAGUGUGUGUGGGUGUGUGUGUUUGUGUGGGUGUGUGUGAUGAGAGAUAGAACACGUGCACAUCUACAAAAAAAGCCUAUGCUGGAAUGAAAGAGUGUUUUCUUAAAUCAAAAGAGACAAACUUCUGGCAGACCUGCUUUAAGCUCUUAAUAGACUUUUACUCCGUGAUCUCAGUGAAACACAACAGCUAUAUGUGUGUGUGUGUGUGUGUGUGUGUGUGUGUGUGUGUGUGUGUGUGUGUGUGUGUGUGUGUGCCUGUGUGUGUGAGUGAGUGUGUGUGUGUGUGCGUGCGCAGCAGUUUAAUGUAAAAUAGCAUUACAAGCACAGAGUUCUUCCGUAAGCUCAGAGCUUUUGAAACAGCAUAUACCAACUAAUCUCAAAUGCAGCUUUGAACUUAUCAAGCACAUAACAACGCAGAACCUUUGCACCUCGUUUACCUCUGGAAGCGUCAAGCCCCUUGAUGUGGAACUACAGGGUACUCCUCGACGAGCCCCUAUCUCACACUAACACUCCAUGCGCUGUUCUCCAGGUCUGUGUUCCCCUGUAAAAUCCCCAACAAAUAGUUUAGAGAUAUUCUUUUUUUUUGGUAAUAAUGUGCUCCAUCAUUGUAAGUCAAGGAUUGGUUUGUCCUUGAAGUGUAUAAGAAAUUGUGUUUGGAGUUGGAUUUUGAAUAAAUGUGUGCUUAAUAGCUUUUAAUUUUGAAUUUUGAAUAUUUUGAAUAUGUGCUUAAUGCCUAAGAUUUAGUGAAGAAGUAAUGGGUAUUUUCUCAAAACUCUAAACUUCUUGAUUUGAAUGAAGGUCAGAUUGGUUGGGAAAAAUGUUUUAACUCGGGUUACUGCUAGAGAGUAUCCCUAAUUGUGUAUUAGUAUAUUCUUCCAUAUGUGAAUGUGUAUGCUUUUCCUCUUUUGUAAUUAUUUUUUGGGGGUUUUGUUUGUAGUUAUUUUUUUGUUUGGGAUUCAUUAACUCCCGUAUCGAUCAUGUGUUGACGCACAGGCAGGGAACUGAAUAUUCCAAAUGAAUGCAAAUAAAUGAAAUUAACAUAA